GCCGGGCGCCGACGGCCGGACAGACGGGCGCAAGCGAGGACGGGCAGACGAACGCACGGACGGCGGCGGGCACGCACGGCCCGGGCCGGCGCUCCGAGGCCCGCCCGGGAGGGCCGGGGCCGCGCUCAGGUCCUGGGAGGAAUGGAGAGGGGUCCUACUGACUAUCUUUUCUGAGAGUGGUCAGAGAGUUCUUAAACAGAUUGUGAUUUAAUUGCCCUAGAUGUAUGGAAUUGACGUGGGCAUUGGAAUUUUAAAAGGAUCCUUGGUGAUUCUCAAGUGCCAAAAAGUUGGGAACCACUGCUCUAGCUAGUUAAAGCAGAACUGGUCACUUUGCAACUGGUGACUCCCCACCACCCUGUCCCCAUAAUUCUGAUUUGGCUGUUAUCUUGAAAUAUAAGCCCUAAAAAUGCCAACUUGUUCGGACUUAGAAGAUGACCUGAAUAAAUGAUAAAAAUUGAGAAAGACAUUUUGGUUUUCUUAUUGUCUACUUGGCAUAUACUUCAAGAAUAAUAUUCACCAUGGUUUUGGACGACCUUCCUAACUUAGAAGACAUCUAUACUUCCUUGUGUUCAUCAACAGUGGAAGACUCAGAGAUGGAGUUUGACUCUGGACUAGAAGAUGAUGACACAAAAAGUGACAGUAUUUUGGAGGAUUCCACAAUUUUUAUGGCCUUCAAAGGAAAUAUAGAUGAUAAAGAUUUCCAAUGGAAAUUAGAUGCAAUAUUGAAGAAUGUGCCCAAUUUGUUACACAUGGAAUCCAGCAAGCUAAAGGUACAGAAGGUGGAACCCUGGAACAGUGUGCGUGUGACAUUCAACAUCCCCCGGGAAGCAGCGGAGCGACUACGGAUCCUGGCACAGAGCAACAACCAGCAGCUUCGGGAUCUGGGGAUUCUCUCCGUUCAGAUUGAAGGGGAAGGUGCUAUCAACCUGGCUUUGGCUCAAAACCGAAGCCAAGAUGUGAGAAUGAAUGGACCUAUGGGAGCUGGAAAUUCCGUUAGGAUGGAACCAGGAUUUCCCAUGGCCGGUGGUCCAGGAUUAAUGAGAAUGGCCAGUCCUGCCACUGUUAUGAUACCCCAGAGUGCAAAUGUGUCAUCUUCCAUGAUGGCACCAGGCCCCAAUCCAGAGCUGCAGCCCAGGACCCCUCGCCCUGCUUCUCAGUCAGAUGCAAUGGAUCCACUCCUCUCUGGGCUCCAUAUGCAACAGCAGAGUCAUCCCUCAGGAUCUUUAGCUCCUCCUCAUCACCCAAUGCAGCCUGUCCCUGUGAACAGACAAAUGAACCCAGCUAAUUUUCCCCAGCUGCAGCAACAGCAACAACAACAGCAACAACAGCAGCAGCAGCAGCAACAGCAACAAUUGCAGGCAAGACCCCCACAGCAACAUCAGCAGCAGCAGCAGCCACAGGGGAUUCGACCCCAGUUUACUGCCCCAACUCAGGUGCCUGUUCCUCCAGGCUGGAACCAGCUGCCUUCUGGAGCCCUUCAGCCUCCUCCAGCCCAGGGUUCUCUGGGCACAAUGACUGCAAACCAAGGGUGGAAGAAGUCUCCCUUGCCUGGCCCAAUGCAACAGCAACUCCAGGCAAGACCAUCCUUAGCCACGGUACAGACACCUUCCCACCCUCCCCCUCCAUAUCCCUUUGGCAGCCAGCAAGCCUCACAAGCCCAUGCAAACUUUCCUCAGAUGAGCAACCCAGGCCAGUUCACAGCUCCUCAGAUGAAGAGCUUACAGGGGGGGCCCUCCAGGGUCCCAACCCCCCUGCAGCAGCCCCACCUCACCAACAAGUCUCCUGCCUCCUCACCCUCCUCCUUCCAGCAGGGAUCCCCUGCAUCCUCCCCAACGGUUAACCAAACUCAGCAGCAGAUGGGACCAAGGCCACCUCAAAAUAACCCACUUCCCCAGGGAUUUCAGCAGCCCGUCAGCUCUCCGGGUCGGAAUCCUAUGGUUCAACAGGGAAAUGUGCCACCUAACUUCAUGGUGAUGCAGCAGCAACCACCAAACCAGGGGCCACAGAGUUUACAUCCAGGCCUAGGAGGAAUGCCUAAACGCCUCCCACCUGGCUUCUCAGCAGGACAGGCCAAUCCGAACUUUAUGCAAGGUCAGGUGCCUUCUACCACAGCAACCACCCCUGGGAAUUCAGGAGCCCCUCAGCUGCAAGCAAAUCAAAGUGUCCAGCAUUCAGGUGGUCAAGGAGCUGGUCCUCAAAACCAGAUGCAGGUGUCCCACGGGCCACCAAAUAUGAUGCAGCCCAGCCUCAUGGGAAUUCAUGGCAACAUGAACAACCAGCAGGCCGGUAGUUCUGGGGUUCCACAGGUGAACCUGGGCAACAUGCAAGGCCAGCCCCAACAGGGCCCACCUUCUCAACUGAUGGGCAUGCACCAGCAGAUUGUGCCCUCCCAGGGCCAGAUGGUCCAGCAACCAGGAACUCUGAACCCUCAGAACCCUAUGAUCCUUUCAAGGGCCCAGCUUAUGCCACAGGGCCAGAUGAUGGUGAACCCUCAGAACCAAAAUCUUGGGCCUUCACCUCAAAGGAUGACCCCACCCAAGCAGAUGCUGUCCCAGCAGGGCCCACAAAUGAUGGCACCACAUAACCAGAUGAUGGGGCCUCAGGGACAAGUUUUGCUCCAACAGAACCCAAUGAUAGAACAAAUCAUGACCAAUCAGAUGCAGGGGAAUAAGCAGCAGUUUAACACACAGAACCAAUCCAGUGUCAUGCCGGGACCAGCACAGAUAAUGAGGGGACCAACUCCGAACAUGCAAGGAAACAUGGUACAGUUUACGGGACAGAUGUCAGGACAGAUGCUGCCCCAACAAGGGCCUGUGAACAACAGUCCAUCUCAGGUUAUGGGGAUUCAGGGACAGGUCCUAAGGCCACCAGGGCCCAACCCACACAUGGCCCAGCAGCAUGGUGAUCCUGCAACUACAGCAAAUAAUGAUGUCAGCUUGUCUCAGAUGAUGCCUGAUGUUAGCAUGCAACAAACCAACAUGGUCCCCCCCCACGUGCAGGCCAUGCAGGGAAACAGUGCCUCGGGAAACCACUUCUCAGGCCAUGGGAUGCCUUUCAAUGCACCUUUCAGUGGAGCACCCAAUGGAAAUCAGAUAUCCUGUGGUCAGAAUCCAGGCUUUCCUGUCAAUAAGGAUGUAACGCUAACAAGCCCAUUGUUGGUCAACUUAUUGCAGAGUGACAUCUCUGCAGGUCAUUUUGGGGUAAACAAUAAGCAAAAUAAUACCAACGCAAAUAAACCUAAGAAGAAGAAACCCCCUCGGAAGAAGAAAAAUAGUCAGCAAGAUCUAAACACCCCAGAUGCUCGUCCAGCUGGUCUGGAAGAGGCUGAUCAGCAAUCAUUGCCUGGAGAACAAGGAAUUAACUUGGACAGCACGGGCCCUAAACUGCCAGAAUUUUCAAAUCGGCCACCAGGUUAUCCUACUCAACCAGUUGAACAGAGGCCACUGCAGCAGAUGCCUCCUCAACUCAUGCAGCAUGUGGCACCCCCACCACAGCCACCACAACAGCAGCCACAGCCACAAAUGCCUCAGCAGCAACAGCAGCCUCCACCUUCUAGUCAGCCGCAGUCUCAGCAGCAGCAGCAACAGCAGCAACAACAACAAAUGAUGAUGAUGCUCAUGAUGCAGCAAGAUCCCAAAUCCGUUAGACUUCCAGUCUCCCAAAAUGUCCAUCCCCCAAGGGGACCUCUGAACCCAGACUCUCAGAGAAUGCCCAUGCAGCAGAGUGGCAAUGUACCUGUCAUGGUCAGUUUGCAAGGACCUGCCUCUGUGCCACCAUCACCUGAUAAACAAAGAAUGCCAAUGCCUGUAAAUACUCCUUUGGGAAGUAAUUCGAGGAAAAUGGUAUACCAGGAGAACCCACAGAAUCCUUCUAGCUCACCUCUGGGAGAGAUGUCUUCACUUCCUGAAGCAAGUGGCAGUGAAGUUCCAUCGGUCUCAGGAGGCCCAAAUAACAUGCCUUCGCACUUAGUAGUUUCCCAGAACCAGUUACUGAUGACAGGGCCCAAACCUGGACCAUCACCCCUUUCAGCAACUCAAGGUGCAACUCCCCAGCAACCUCCUGUAAAUUCCCUUCCCAGCUCCCAUGGCCACCACUUUCCAAAUGUGGCUGCUCCAACCCAGACAUCUAGGCCUAAAACACCAAACAGAGCCAGCCCCAGACCCUAUUAUCCUCAGACACCCAACAACCGCCCUCCUAGCACAGAACCUUCAGAAAUCAGUCUGUCACCAGAAAGACUCAAUGCCUCCAUAGCAGGACUGUUUCCUCCACAGAUUAAUAUUCCUUUACCUCCUAGGCCAAAUUUAAAUAGGGGCUUUGAUCAACAGGGCCUAAAUCCAACAACUCUGAAGGCCAUUGGGCAAGCACCUUCAAAUCUUACCAUGAAUAAUCCUUCCAAUUUUGCAGCCCCACAAACUCACAAAUUAGAUUCUGUGGUGGUGAAUUCUGGAAAGCAGCCUAAUUCUGGAGCAACAAAACGAGCUAGUCCAAGCAACAGUCGCAGGUCUAGUCCUGGGUCCAGUAGGAAAACUACCCCAAGUCCUGGGAGGCAAAAUUCAAAAGCCCCUAAACUUACUCUGGCAUCUCAAACAAAUGCAGCCCUGUUGCAAAAUGUGGAGUUACCAAGAAAUGUGUUGGUCAGUCCCACUCCUCUGGCCAAUCCCCCUGUACCUGGGAGCUUUCCUAACAACAGUGGGCUGAAUCCUCAGAAUCCCACCAUGCCUGUGGCUGCAGUGGGGGCUGUUCUCGAGGAUAACAAGGAGAGCUUGAAUAUGCCUCAGGACAGUGAUUGCCAGAAUUCCCAGGGUAGGAAGGAGCAGGUAAAUGUUGAGCUAAAAGUAGUCCCUGCCCAAGAAGUUAAAAUGGUUGUCCCUGAAGAUCAAUCCAAAAAGGAUGGGCAGCCUUCGGAUCCUAACAAACUUUCCAGUGUUGAAGAGAACAAAACUUUGGUGUCUCCUGCCAUGAGGGAAGCACCAACAUCGUUAAGUCAACUUCUUGACAACUCUGGAGCUCCUAAUGUGACCAUUAAACCCCCUGGGCUUACAGAUCUGGAAGUAACACCUCCAUUAGUUUCAGGGGAGGACCUCAAAAAAGCACCUGUCAUUCCCACACUGCAGGAUCCGUCUUCUAAAGAGCCCUCUAAUUCCCUAAACUUAUCUCACAGUAAUGAGCCGUGUUCAACCCUUGUGCAUCCAGAAAUGAGUGAGGUCAGUUCCAAUGUUGCACCAAGCAUCCCUCCAGUAAUGUCAAGACCUGUCAGUUCUUCCUCCAUUUCCACUCCCUUGCCCCCAAAUCAAAUAACUGUUUUUGUCACUUCCAAUCCCAUAACCACUUCAGCUAACACAUCAGCAGCCCUGCCAACUCAUUUGCAGUCUGCAUUGAUGUCAACAGUUGUCACCAUGCCCAAUGUGGGUAGCAAGGUUAUGGUUUCUGAGGGACAGUCAGCUGCUCAGUCUAAUGCCCGGCCUCAAUUCAUUACACCUGUCUUUAUCAAUUCAUCCUCAAUAAUUCAGGUUAUGAAAGGAUCACAGCCAAGCACAAUUCCUGCGGCCCCACUGACAACCAACUCUGGCCUGAUGCCUCCCUCUGUUGCAGUUGUUGGUCCUUUACACAUACCUCAGAACAUAAAAUUUUCUUCAGCUCCUGUACCACCUAAUGCCCCCUCCAGUAGUCCUGCUUCCAACAUACAGGCAAGUCGACCCUUGGUUCUUAACUCACGAGCCACUCCUGUUCAGCUUCCUUCACCUCCUUGUACAUCUUCUCCAGUUGUCCCUCCUCAUGUCCCUAUCCAGCAAGUGAAAGAAUUGAAUCCAGAUGAGGCCAGUCCUCAGGUGAGCACCUCAGCAGAUCAGAGCACUCUCCCCUCAUCACAGUCAACCACAAUGGUUUCUCCCCUUCUGACCAAUAGUCCAGGCUCCUCUGUCAACCGACGAAGCCCAGUCUCAUCUAGUAAGGGCAAAGGAAAAGUGGACAAAAUUGGCCAGAUUUUGUUGACCAAGGCAUGUAAGAAAGUUACAGGCUCUCUUGAAAAAGGGGAAGAGCAAUAUGGUGCAGAUGGAGAGACUGAAGGCCAAGGGCUGGAGACCACAGCUCCUGGACUUGUGGGAACAGAGCAGUUAUCCACAGAGCUGGACAGUAAAACCCCAACACCCCCAGCACCUACUCUGCUAAAAAUGACCUCUAGUCCAGUGGGCCUGGGCUCUGCCUCAGCAGGACCCAGCUUGCCUGGCGGUGCUCUCCCCACCAGUAUACGCUCAAUAGUACCCACUCUGGUAUCCUCUGAGCUCAUCUCCACGACGCCGACCACAAAAAGCAAUCAUGGUGGCAUAGCAUCGGAGCCACUUGUGGGUGGCCUAGUGGAGGAGAAGGUGGGAUCCCAUCCAGAGCUUCUACCCAGCAUAGCCCCUUCACAGAAUUUAGUUCCAAAGGAUACUCCAGCCACAGCACUGCAGGGGCCUGUUGCCAGAUCAGAACUCGAGGCAAAUGCUGCCAUAGUCUCUGGACAAAGUGAGCCAAAAGAGAUUGUUGAAAAGUCCAAAACCCCAAGCCGAAGAAACUCCCGAACUGAAGAGCCAACUGUGGCUUCUGAAAGUGUGGAAAAUGGACAUCGUAAGCGAUCCUCCCGGCCUGCUUCAGCCUCCAGCUCGACUAAAGACAUAACCAGUGCAGUGCAAUCGAAGCGAAGAAAAUCCAAGUAAAACAAGCUGGACGGUGACUUGAUACUUGUAAAUGUGUGUGAAUUUUACAAAGAGCAAUUUUGAGCUGUGACUUUUUUAAAUCUAUUUCUGUACAGUUAGUCAUUUUAAUAAUGUGGCCCUUUUCCUAGUCCCUGCAACCUGUUUUUGUAAAGUGCAAUGGGGAAAAAGCAGGGUUGUUGAGCCCUUUUGGUGUUGCAAGAUGAAGUUCAAGAUUUUUAAAAUGUUGCCAUGUAUUGAGAGGAGCUAAUGCCAUUAUAAAUGUUAUUAGUUUUCACAUUUCCUAAGCAGCCUAGAGUACAGGGUGAGCAUUUUUAGGUCCUCUAAUGAUGUAUUGUGCUGUGGAAGUACUGUGUGUGAAUAGCCGUAGCAGGGGCAAAAGCAAUCUUGUCAUUUGGAAAUGUUGUAAAUAAUUUUAUUAUAUAGUGUUUUGGAUGUAUUUGUUGUAGAAAUGGACCAGUGAAUAAAGAGAAUCUAAGGGUUUGUACAAUGUGAAAUACUGAAUGUGCUAAAUAAAUGUCAUUGUCAUAGAACAUAAAGGUACGUUAUUAGCAAGGGAUCAUUGAGAGAGCAAGCUUUCCUUGGAUCAUAAAUGAGUAGACAUAGCCUUCUUUGUGAAUUAGAACAUCCACAUGAAAUGCCCACCUAGCAAGUUUAGGAAAUGCAUAUGCUUGCUCACUCAAUUCCUUGGUUUUAAAGAAACCAGCCCUGUUCAGCCCUAUACCAGGUACUUUGAUAUAUAUUGGUCAAAUUUCUUUGUGUUGUAAAUAACAAUCAACUUAGGAUCAAAGGCCACCCAAAAUUUUCUAGAGAUAGGAAACUUAGCAAGUCAAAUGGUACUUUCUCUCCACCUCAUAUAUCUGCUUCUCCUCCAUGCGUGUGACAGAUUGCCCCAAACAACUAUGUUUACAUCUCCUCCAUUCAGAAGGUAAGCCUAGUCUGAUCACCAACAUUCUUUGUACCAGCAUCAAGAAUUUAUCCCACUACGGGCUGGGGUUGUUUCUCAGUGGUAGAGCACUUGCUUAGCACCUCUGAGGCACUGAGUUUGAUCCUCAGCACCACAU